AUGUUCGCACGUUCGCGAGCGCUGCGCGCCGUCCAAGGAGCUGCCGCUCGGCACACAGAUGGCCUGAUCACUCGAACACCACCGACCCCUCGAUGCGUCAAAUGUCCUGCCCUUGCAACGUCAUUCCACACGAGCUCGCGAUUCCGGCAAGGCGAGGCCACCGGCAGUGUCCCGAAAACGGCUACGUCUGCCUCGAGCCCGCCCCUCGUGCCCGCAUCGUUGAAGCGACGCAAAGCGGCCCCUCGACAGUCAGCUGCUGCCGUUGUCUGCCGUGUUUCUGCGGCGGACGCAGCCCUGCUGACGAUCGAAGGCCCGGACCUAUCUCCGACCGAGGUGCCUGCUGGCUGGCUGCGCGACCGAUGCCCACAAAGCACAAGCCCCUCGUCUGGCAACAAGAAUUUUGCCACCGGCGAGAUUCCCGUCGACAUCGCGAUCGAGUCCGUCCGACAGGACAGCGAGGGCCACUGGGAAAUCACAUGGCGCAACAAUAUCCCCCGCUUUGUUGCCGAUGGCAUCAACACCUCCGUCUUCACAUCAGGGCAGCUCCGGGGGGCUCUACAGACCGAGUUCGCGUCGCGGCAUCUGGCCCUGCUGCAGCACCACACUAUCCCCACGGCGAGCACGUGGAACCGCACGAGACGCUUGCACCCGCGCGAGGUCUCGAGGGCCUCUUCCCGGGCAACGUUCCUCCCAAAAACCCCCACACCCCCCCCGCGCCCAUAUCCCCAGCCACCCCCGGCCUCUUGGUGGGCGGCCCUUCCAAAAAGCGCCGCGCGCGCCGACGAGGCCCGCGGGCGGACGCGCUUCGCCGCCUGGCACGCCGCCGCCUCGACCUUCCAGCACAUGCUCGAGGAGGACGGCAACAUGAUCCGCCGCCGGCUGCGGGAGGGCGACUGCGUCGUCUUCGACAACCGUCGCGUCCUGCACGGCCGGACGGCGUUCGACCCCUCGUCGGGCGGCCGUCACCUGCGGGGCGCGUACGUCGGGAUCGACGAGUGGAGGAGCACGAUCAAGCGCGUGGAGCGGAACUACGCCGUGUCUGAGUUCCUGGAGGCCAGGAAGCAAGCUCUUCGGGCCUGGUCGGAGAGCCAAUAG